CAAACCGGCAGGGCAACCUGUAAGAUACAGGGCAUUAUUUCUUGAGCCUUCCAUGAACAGUUGAGCUGAAAAUCGCUGUCCAGAAGGAACUCAGCUUCCAUAGACUUUAAGUAGUAUCAUAGAGGUACUUGAACUUGAAGUUGAACAGCAGACAAGGAACAACAGCGUCCCUUCUCUCUCUCCAAGAAAUUCAUUGGACUUGUUGCCUGAAUAGGAUGGCUUGCACCACAUUUGCUGGCGUGGGAGCCAGCAGCACGUUUUCUCUUGCAGCAUUGGAGACCAGUAAAAAGUCAACUUUGCCAGCCCCUGCUGCAGCUUGCUCAAAUGGCCUCCCCUUCGUUGCCCAGAGGCAACGUCGAAUUUGCGCUUGCUUGAGGAGACAGCGGCAGCUAGAAGAAUUGAGAAGACCAGGCGGCUUCAGCGGAGCCAAGGUGAAACGGAGGCAGGGAGUCCAAGUCAGUGCUGAGGCGGUUGGUACUGUAGACAAGAUCAGGGAGGUUGGGAAUGAGACGUUCCACGCCCUUUUGGAAGAAGCGGGGGACAAGCUGGUUGUACUGGACAUGUACACUCAGUGGUGCGGACCCUGUAAGCUUAUGUACCCAAAACUGGUGGAAGCUGCCGAUAAAUAUAAUCAAGCGGUCUUCAUCAAAUUGGAUUGCAACCAAGAGAACAAGCCUCUUGCAAAGAGUUUAGGCAUCAAGGCCGUACCUACAUUCAAGUUGUUCAAAAAGAAGGAACAAAUUGACGAGAUACAAGGUGCCAAGUACGAUGCAUUGAUAGAGGCCAUCGAGAAGCACAUUUGACAGAUCGGAUUCUGUUCGUUUGGCCUAGUUUUCAAUGUAUGGAUCGUGUAAGGACCUUAGCUAAUAGACAAUGGACUUCUGCUCGGAGAACUUCAUUCCAAUCGAGUUGCGAUCUUUGUAUCCCUCUUGUGAGUUCGAUCACCAGAACUCACAAGAGGGAUGCCAAACAGGGCAGAAAACAGAUCCGGCACCCUUGUCCAUGGCAGAAUUCAAGGGCGCUUAUAAGAGACCUGCCUUAAAAUCUCGCGGCCAGGCUCGAGGCCGGCCAGAUUGAACACUCCAUAUCAACUUUGAGGGCUUAUACCAUUACUAAGUCUGCAUUGCAUGCAUUCAAUGAUUG